AUGGAUCAAGUUGAUUCACUAGAGGGUUGGGUGGCCGUCAAAAACAAUCCGUUUGUGGACGACCUUCUACCACCUAGAUUGACCUUCCUGGUAGCAUGGAACGGAGUGGAGAGCAAGAUUGCUGUGACAUGUAGGUCAAGUUCAAGGACAGUCAGUGAUAAAAGUGACGAUAAAACGCGAUUUGGAUAUUUCAGCUAUCAGGAGUUAAAAGGAAUUCACGAAAUGUUGUGUUUAAUUCAUCCUUCACUUUCCCCGCAUCUUCCAGCGUUACCAGAGCAACCAGUAGGAUUAAUGGCGUACAUAAGUAGCGUUCCGGUGCCUGACGACGUAGAAAAGCUCUGCCAUGAUCUCACAACUUAUUUCAACCUUGCUCUGGAAAUUUGCAAAGAAAAACUUUUAAUUUCUACCUUAUUUGAAGACCCCAACUAUGAUGACUAUUUUGAAAGUGUUGGUGAACUUCGCAGACAAGGAUAUUUGGAGCAAAUUGCAAAUUCUGAAGAAGAAAUUAAAAAUGUAAUUUUUGAACGUGAUAACUGCGUUACGAUGCAGGAAAUGGAGAAUGUUUACGACGUUGAAGAUGAUGCAGUGUUUCGAUUAAACAUAGUUUUAGCUGAAUAUUUCAAUUACCAAAUUCAGCCAUUUUUAGAUUUACGCGAAGUUUCGUUUAAUAAGUUAAAAGAGGCUAAAAAUAACCUGUUGAACCCUGACCUCGGGGAGCGAGUGAGAAAAGAAAAUGUAGAAGCUAUAGCAGAAUGGCAGGAACAUUAUGAACAGAGUCUGGAUUCUAUACAAGAUAUUUAUAUCAAAUAUUACACCAGAACCAGUCAAGUAUAUACAGAUAUGUGUGAUAGAAUGAAUGAAGAUAAAACUCGGUUUGGAAAGAAAGCGUUUGAUAUUGUUGGUACUGAUAGACUUUUCAGAAUUGAAGAGAAUACGUGUUUAGAGAGGAUGCAGUUAUUUUUAAACAGUAAGAAAUGGUGUGUACAAGAACGAGAUAAAGUCAAACAAGAGAUCGCGAGUCUGGACGAAAGUCCAGCAGUACGCAAAGAAGUUCAGUUACUGGAAAAUCAUAUUUACAGAUGGCAGAUUCGAAUUUACGAUGAACAUCUGAAAAUUUUCAGCGAAGAAGAAAAAUGGACUAAAUGUUUGUUACGAGCUCGAUAUCACAAGAUAGAUGAAGUGAAUGAGGAGGUGUUGUUUUAUGAUGCCGUGGAAGAUCUAGAUGAGAUGUCAGAAGAAGAUGAUGUUGAUGAAUGUGAUUUAAAAACAGAUCCAGAAAUUCUCAAACUUAAACGUAGGCUUGCUGAUAUCAAUCGUAGACGAGCUAUCGUUCGAAAUAGAAAGUCAACUCUGGAAAGACAAUGUAAAGAGAAACAAGAAGAGAGAAAGAACUAUAUAGAUACUUUUAAUCACCAUCAUUCUAUACAAAUGAAACGAGACAAAGAUAAAGAAAUUUUAGAAAUGAAGAAAGAUUUUAUACAAGAACAGAGAAAGAGAACUAUUGAAAGGUUGAAGAGCCACAAAGUUAAAUAUCCAACUCCACCAACAAUCAAGCCACUACGUUACCAACCUCCGUCGUUAAGGAAAGAUUCCUUGACUUCACUCAGCAGACGCAAUCCACCAUCUUUAUCUAGUAACUAUGGUAAGAAACAAUAUAAUGAAUAUCCUUCUUUACAUCCAAUCAAAGAAAGCAAAGGAAAGAAGACACCAGUUAAACGAAAACCAUUCGUUCGUCCUCAAAAAAAGAAACAAGAUAAUGUAGAUGGCGAUGUUACGUUUUAUAUCAGUGGUGGAACAGUCAUGAAUCAUAAUGUGGCGUCUGCUCAAGAUGGUGGUAGUGAUGUGGUUGGUGAUUCAGGAAGUACACAAGUGACCUCCACUCCUUCAUCAAAUGUUCCCCCUCCACCCCCAAUGAACAUCCCCCUUCCGCCCCCAAUCAACAUCCCCCCUCCACCCCCAAUCAACAUCCCCCCUCCCCCACCAAUUAAUCUUAUGCCUUCACUAUCUAAUUCUAAACCAAUGUCCGAUGCCCCCAAACCUCCUCCUUUGGGGUUAGGAAAUUUAGCAGAAGCCAUGAAGAAUCUAAAGAAAGCUGAAGUUACCACUGAUACAACCAAGACAGGAAGUGGUGGCUUAGAUUUAAGCAGUAUCACAGCUGGAAGAAUUCAUUUAAAACCAGCCAGUCAACGCACAUUAAAACCAGUGAAAAAAGAUCCUAAUGAUUUGAAUGAAAUCUUCAACAUGAUAAAACAGGGAGUGAAGCUCCGCCCAGUCAAAUCAAUUGACCAAUCAAAAAGUCCAUCUAUGAGUCAAUCAUUCCCGAGUGACACCCACAUCAGCCUAUUACAAGAGAGUAUGAGAAGAAUUAACAACAUGGUUCGAGGCAAUACGCCAGAAUCUGAAACCAGUGAUGAUAAUAGUGAUUUUGACGACUGA